AUGGCGGCGGCGGCGGAGGGGCUGGCGGCGUAUCGGGCGGUGUUGCGGGCGGCGCGGCGGACGUUCUCAGGCGACCAGCUGAUGCUGACGGAGUCGGCGGUGGAGAUCCGGCGCCGCUUCGAGGAUCACCGCGGCCUCGCCCCGGGAUCGGAGGACGCCGUCCGCGCCCUCUCCGAGGCCCGCGAGGCCGCGGACUUCAUCGCCAACAUGAUCGUCCAGGCCAAGCGCUCACCCUCCGGAUCCUUCGUUGUGAAGCCUGAGAAGGCACAUGCCGGAGCUACGCUUGAGAUUCCUUCCGAGGAGACCCUGUCUACGUUGAAAUAG